UAGUUUACGAUUCUAUUUAUGUGUAACACCUUCCAACAAUUUACAUUUAAGUAGAGUGAGUCCAUUGCACGACUAAUUGUGAUGUAACAAGAAACAUCGAUUUAUAACAUAUUUCUGUUACCAAUAUAAACAAAAAGUUACAUAAUAUAGAACUAUCAUUUAAGGUAUACAUAAAUAAAAGAUAAUAGAAUAAACAGUAACUCUGCUUCAGGUGAAAGAGUGAUUUAAUGAAUGAAAUAAAAAUACGAUGGUAAAAUAGAUUCCUAACUUACUGAUAUCGUUAUUUUUAAAAUAUUGAUGCAUAGAAAAAUGGAAUCAAAUAACGAUCAAUAUACUUUCGAAUGGGCGAAUGAUACUCACUUAUCGGAGAUUUUAUCUUCCUUACAUGAAAAUUUCGAUAAGGAAGAGACCAUGUUGAAAAGUUUGAGAGAUAAUAAUUCGUUAACAAUAGAGGACGAAGAAUCGAUGAGGAUCGAUCACGAGCGACUGAUACGGGCAAUUUUCGCUUUUUCACCUUGCAUUAUAGCGAUAGGAAAAUCAUCGAAAAAAAUCAUCGGAGUAAACCUGAUGAUAGUUAGUAAGAAUUCGAAGUCCGAUGAUGGUGCUGAUGGCGUUUCCGCUGCCUUCAGCAACAAUCCUCCUAAAAAUGAAUUAAUGAAACAAUAUUUCAACUAUUUAUCCGAGAUCAGUGAAACGGCUGAUUUAUAUGGAAAGUUUCCAAACUCCAAGGCAGCCGUAGAAUUUUAUGCGGUCGCUGUGGAUAGAAAUUAUCGUAGACAAGGACUUUCAAGGUCACUAAUGGCUGCAGGAAUUUCUUUCGCGAAAAAUACUGUGAAAGACGUCGGAUUUAUAUUUGGUGUGUAUACGUCUCUGUAUUCGAAAAAAUCGGCAGAAAGACUUGGAUUGAAAAGCGUUAUGGACGUAGAUCUUUUACACUACAAAGAUAAUGAUGGGCGACCUAUUUUUCAAGACACUCCGCCGCAUAAUGUUAUUUCUGUUAUGGUCUUGCAACUUAUUUAAAAUUUUCCGGAUGGCACGUGUCGUACAAAAAAGUGUACAAAUGUAUGCUAAAAAGUAUAUGAGCUAAAAUUGAGUAUUCUGUAUCUUUCAGUUCUCAUACGCCACUUAAUUGCAUAAUAAUUACUGUUUCUAAAAAUGUAUUAUUAACAAAAAUAAUUAUUAAUAAAUAUUACUUUGAGACAAA